GAGGCUGCUGAUCCAGACGCUGCAGGUGAUGACCUCGGAAAGCUCCCCCCUCCUCCAUUACCGGCUGUUCAGCGUAUCAGAUGGCGCCCUGGGGGAGGCGGAUCCCGCCGUCUGCGGCACGGACACCGUCACGGCGGGCCCUGCGCCGCGCAAGCUCUCCACCUUUUUUGGUGUUGUGGUGCCGACCGUCCUGUCCAUGUUCAGCAUCGUGUUAUUCAUGAGGAUCGGUUUUGUUGUGGGACACGCCGGCUUCCUGCAGUCUCUUCUCAUGCUGUUUGUGGCCUACGCCAUCAUCUGCCUGACCGUGCUCAGCGUCUGCGCCAUCUCCACCAACGGGGCCGUGCACGGCGGGGGGGCAUACUUUAUGAUCUCGCGGACUCUGGGCCCUGAGUUUGGCGGCAGCAUCGGUCUGAUGUUCUACCUGGCCAACGUGUGUGCCUGCGGGGUGUACGUCCUGGGCCUGGUGGAGGCCGUGCUGGACAUCUUCGGAAGAGACUCGUCGGACCCCACGAACUCCCUGCGGGCCCUUCCCCAGGGAUACGGCUAUAACUUCCUCUACGCCAGCCUGGUCCUUCUCCUCUGCCUGUCGGUGUGCAUGGUCGGGGCCUCCAUCUACUCCCAGGCCUCGUUCUUCAUUUUCAUUCUGGUUAUGCUGGUCCUGUUCUCCAUACUGCUGAGCUUUGUGGCCGUCGGACCUCUCCACGUGACCAUUCGGCACGGGGGGAACAUCACGCUGACGGGGACGUAUACCGGCAUCAACGGCAGCACCCUGCACGACAAUCUGCACGCGGAUUACUCGACGGACUACACCACCGGGAACCUCAUGAACUUCGCCACCGUCUUCGCCGUUAUGUUUAACGGCUGCACCGGGAUCAUGGCCGGGUGUAACAUGUCUGGGGAACUGAAGCAGCCGAGCCGCUCGAUUCCCAUCGGCACCAUAAUCGCCGUGAUCAUCACGUUCUUUGUCUAUCUAAUUCUCUUCAUCAUGACCUCGCUGACCUGUGACAGGACUCUGCUGAAGGAAGAUUACGGGUUUUUCCGCCCCAUUAACAUCUGGCCUCCGUUUGUCCUCAUUGGGGUUUAUGCCACGUCGCUGUCGGCUUCUAUGAGCACCCUCAUUGGAGCGUCCCGGAUCCUGCACGCGCUCGCUAAGGAUGACCUGUUUGGAAUAUUGCUGUCCCCGGCCAAACUUGUGUCCAAGGGGGGGAAUCCGUGGGGGGCCGUGCUGUAUACCUGGUUCCUGGUGCAGCUCGUUCUGUUAGCAGGGAAACUGAACACAAUCGCGGGCAUCGUCACCGUGUUCUACCUCAUGGCGUACGCAGCGAUAGACCUGGCGUGUCUGGCACUGGAAUGGGCGUCCGCUCCGAACUUCCGACCGACGUUCCGUCUCUUCUCCUGGCAUUCCUGUUUGCUGGGGAUCAUAAGCUGCUUGGUGAUGAUGUUCCUCAUUAACCCUGCGUAUGCCUCGGGUAGCAUCGUCCUCCUCCUCCUGCUGCUCGGUUCGGUCCAUUUCAGGAGCAGCAGCAGCGGCUGGGGGUAUAUAAGCCAGGCUCUCAUCUUCCACCAGGUGAGGAAGUAUCUGCUGCUCCUGGACGUCCGGAAGGAACACGUCAAGUUUUGGCGCCCCCAGAUGCUGCUCAUGGUGUCCAACCCUCGCUCCUCCUGCCAGCUCAUCAAAUUCAUCAACGACUUAAAGAAAGGCGGCCUGUACAUCAUGGGCCACGUGGAGACGGGGGAACUGGACGCCCUGCCGUCCGACCCAGUGCAGACGCAUUACAGCUUCUGGCUCAGCCUGGUGGACAAGCUCAGCGUGAAAGCUUUCGUGGACCUAACGCUCUGCCCAUCGGUGCGGCAUGGGACCCAGCAACUGCUGCGCAUAACCGGGCUGGGGGGUAUGAAGCCCAAUACUCUGGUCCUUGGUUUCUAUGAUGAUGCUGUCCCGGAUGACUACUUUCUACAAGAUCCGGCUUUUAACCCUGGCCUGUCUCCUCAAGAUGACCCCUUUGGCGUGGACGCCACCUCUUUACAGGCCCAUUUUCCACCUGUCCGUGGCCCCGAGACCCCUCAUCUUCUCUCACCACAGGAGUAUGUUGCAAUAAUCUGUGAUGCCCUUAAAAUGCACAAGAAUGUCGUCCUGGCCCGUGGGUUUCCUUCUCUGGUCAGGCCCGAUGCCGCUGCGUCUUCCGGUCUCUACAUUGAUGUUUGGCCCCUGGACCUUCUGCGGCCCCAGGCUUCUGCAUACGUAGACGUUUGCAGCCUGUUCCUGCUACAAAUGGCUUGCAUCCUGAACAUGGCGGCCUCGUGGCGCCGCUAUCAGCUCCGUGUCUUCCUUUGCGUUGAAUCCAGAGGGGCAAGCGGGAACAACGGCGGAAGCAGCUGGGUAGCCGCAGAAGCCAAAUUCCGGGAGCUCUUAUGCAAGCUGCGGAUUUCUGCCGCCAUCCGCAUAGUGUCCUGGAACAGCGUGGCGGCUCUGCGUGGCCAAGAUGGCACCAAGCAGGGGCUGGCGCGCGAACCCAUUUCCUUAGAAUAUCUGACGGCCGCCAACCGCGUCGUAGCGGAUGAGGGCGGCUCAGAGGCUGCUGUCCGGUUCCUCUACCUGCCCCGUCCGCCGGCCGACGCCUCGCUGCACGAACGUUAUCUGGAGGAGUUGGAGGUGCUGACGCGAGGCCUUGGGCCCACGCUUCUCAUCCACGGCCUGUCGCCCGUCACCUGCACUGAGCUCUGACUCCGGACUCGCCCUGCCAACUCUCGCCAAAGGACGGCACAAUUUUUAGUUCAGAAUUCCUGGAUUUUUUUUGGCAUUUUUCUAGCUCUUCUUUUCCCACGUGGGAUUUGUGGUUCAGUUUUGCGGCUCCGCAGGGGGCGCCUGCUUCGUCUCGCGCUUUGCUUGGCAGCUUCCUGUU